AGGGGAGUGGAAGAACGAGUUUUUCUGUCUUCCAUUCCCCGAGAUGGUGACCUCUGGCAAGAAUCUCGCAGUAUUUAUAGGAGGCGGAACACACUCGGUAGCUUACUUCUUUUCCGUCUGACAAUCAAAGCAGAAAUGUUCCGCGCAACUUCCCUGUUGGCAUUGGCACUCGUCCUAACGGUCGCAGUCGCCUAUCCUCAAUUAGGCGGCGGAUUCGGCCAGCCUGGAUUCGGCGGUGGAUUCGGCCAGCCUGGAUUCGGCGGUGCUGGAUUCGGGCAGCCUGGAUUCGGAGGUGCUGGAUUCGGAGGCGGCAGCCCCUUCACGAACGCCUUCGGCGGUCCCUGCAAGUUCUGGAACCAAGACCCCAUCACCAGGCAGUACUUCUGCACCGAGAGGCCCGAUCAGACAUUCCCAGGGGCCUUCUCUUAAUUGCUCUACGACGCUCCACAAAAUUGGUAAAGAAGGAUUCAACGGAUCUUCGCUUUACAAACUAUGCCGCUUGAUUCUCCUCACGUCUAUUAAUGGGAAUUUGGGCCGGGGGUGGGGGGCGAUUAACGGAUUUCAAAUGGUUCCUUAUCAAUAUGUAUACAGUUUUUUCGUUCGAUUAUUUGUGUAUCGGCGUCACAAAUCAUCAUUGUAUAUUCCUGUUGUGAAGUACGAUAUAAAUGACAGGUAUUGGACUCGUAAUACCUAACAUAUCAAAAAGGCAUAUUUAUGAAGAGAGAGUGUGUGUGUGAGAAAGAGAGAGUGAGAAAGAGAUUCUGUAUGAAAUGAGUAAAUAUGUUUUUUCCGACAAUUAAAUAUGAAAAAAGAA